UUGUCUAGGUUCCGGCGUCGCGUGUUAAUUUUUAUUUGAUUGCGGAAAUUAACUAAUUUGUCGUCAAAUAACAUAGAAAUAUUGAAUUUACAUUGUUUAUUUGAUACCUUACUUAUGUGGAUCUAAUUGCACUUUUAAACUCAUUUUGCACAGAACAGUUAUCAAAGAAAAUGACGACCAUAGCAACAGAGGAAAGCGCUGAGAUUGACUGGGGAAAUGAGAGGUUAAUUAGGGCGCAGCGAGCGGUGGAAGCCAACAUAUACGAUGUGGAUUCCUGGUCUCUACUCAUUAGAGAGGCCCAGACGAGGCCGAUCAAUGAAGUGCGGACGAUGUACGAGAAGCUGAUAGCUGCGUUUCCUACUACCGGGCGCUAUUGGAAGAUUUACAUCGAACAGGAGAUGAAGGCGAGAAAUUUCGAAAAAGUGGAAAAGCUUUUCCAACGGUGUCUGAUGAAGAUUCUGAACAUUGAGCUGUGGAGGUUGUACCUGAACUACGUAAAGGAAACCAAAUGCAUGCUGCCAACAUACAAAGAGAAGAUGGCCCAAGCCUACGACUUCGCCCUGGACAAGAUAGGGCUGGACAUCCACGCGUAUCCCAUCUGGAACGACUACGUUACGUUCCUCAAGAGUGUGGACGCUGUUGGCUCCUACGCUGAGAACCAGAAGAUCUCUGCUGUUAGGAAGGUGUACCAACGUGCGGUGAUAACUCCAAUAAUUGGUAUUGAGACGCUGUGGAAAGACUACAUUGCCUUCGAGCAGAGUAUUAACACGAUUAUAGCCGAGCGCAUGGCCAUGGAGAGAUCGCGCGAGUAUAUGAACGCUCGGCGAGUGGCCAAGGAAUUGGAGACGGUUACGAGGGGACUGAAUAGAAACAUGCCUGCUACGCCGCCCACUGCCGACCGAGAGGAGAUGAAACAGGUGGAAUUAUGGAAGAAGUACAUAGGCUGGGAGCGUUCCAACCCGUUGCGUUCAGAAGACACGGCUCUAGUAGGUCGGCGGGUGAUGUUCGCUAUAGAACAGUGUUUACUGUGUCUAGCACACCAUCCGGAUGUUUGGCACCAGGCCGCGCAGUUCUUGGAUCACUCUGCUAAGCUACUGCAAGAGAAAGGGGACUCGAACGCGGCCCGCCUGUUCUCCGACGAGGCGGCAGCGGUCUACGAACGAGCCACCAGCGGCCCACUCAAGCAAUCCACCCUGCUACACUUCGCGCACGCGGACUAUGAAGAGAGCAGGCUACACUAUAACAAGGUGCACCAGGUCUACACCCGCUACCUGGACAUGGAGGACAUAGAGCCGACCCUGGCGUACGUGCAGUACAUGAAGUUUGCGAGGAGGGCCGAGGGCAUCAAGUCUGCCAGGACAGUGUUCAAGAGGGCCCGGGAGGACCCCAGAUCCCGCUACCACGUGUUCGUGGCCGCAGCCCUAAUGGAGUACUACUGCUCGAAGGACAAGAACAUCGCGUUCCGAAUCUUCGAACUCGGACUUAAGAAGUUUUCACACAUCCCCGAGUAUGUGUUGUGCUAUAUCGAUUACCUGUCGCAUUUGAACGAGGACAACAACACGCGCGUACUCUUCGAAAGAGUACUGUCCUCCGGCAGCCUGACCCCGGAGGCGUCAGUGGACAUCUGGAACCGCUUCCUGGAGUUCGAGUCCAACAUCGGCGACCUGCUCAGCAUCGUCAAGGUGGAGAAGCGACGCCAGGCUGUGCUCGAGAAGAUCAAGGAGUUCGAGGGUAAGGAGACGGCGCAGCUGGUGGACCGGUAUAAGUUCCUGGACCUGUACCCUUGCAGCAUCGCCGAACUCAAGUCCAUCGGGUACACUGAGGUGGCGAGUAUGUCAAAUAAGUCGUGGGCGCUGGGUGGGCCGCUGGCGGGUGUCUCGUCAGAACUGGUCGCCGUCAUACUCGGACACAAAGACAACGAUCCGAAUAAGGACAUCGCCCGACCGGAUACCAGCCAAAUGAUCCCGUAUAAACCGAAAUCGAACCCACUACCCGGGGAACAUCCUAUACCAGGUGGGACGUUCCCCCUACCCCCGGCGGCGGCGGCGCUGUGCACCCGCAUGCCGCCCCCCUCGAGCUACCGUGGGCCCUUCGUCCACGUCGACCGGCUCAUGCAGCUGUUCAACAGGAUAUCACUGCCUGACAAACCGCCGCCGCCGACACAAGAGAACGGCUGUGACACCAAGCUGUUCGACCUCGCUCGCUCCGUGCAUUGGAUCAUGGGCGACGAGGGGAUCACUACCGUCUCUAACAAGGCACGAAGAAGGAAAGCUGGCGAGGACUCUGAUGAUGAUGAGCUCGGCGUGGCGCCGCCAGUCAACGACAUCUAUCGGCAGCGGCAGCAGAAGAGAGUCAAAUAAUAUACGAGUUAGACAAUACUACUGUGUGUUAGUAACAUCGUAACGGAAACUUAGGGGGAUGAUUUAAGCCACGAUUCUGAGUUGAUAUCAAGUGGAAUUUUCCGUCGAAAAACUAUGGAACUGAAAAUAAAUAAAUAAAAAACUAAACUUUUCAUGAAUUUUCCAACAGGAAAUUCCACUUGACACUAUUCUGAGUUAAUAUCAAGUGGAAUUUUCCAUCACAAAAGUAUAGAAUUGAAAAUAAUUUAAAAAAAAA